AUGGGGAGCAAUAUAAUACCAUCAUUUUUCGGCAUUGCUGUAGCUUCUUUGGCGACUGGUUACUAUUUAGGCACCUUGAGCAAUGGCGACUUACUAAGUCGCAAGAAGAAAGAGAACAGAAAACCAACUAAGGAUGAGAUAUUGAAGAAAUGUAAAGAAACUGCUGAGGCAACUGCAAAUGCUGAAAGCGAAGACGAGGAAGAGACUGACGAUGAGGAUUACGACGAAGGCGAGCUAAGUGACGAGGAAAUCGAGUCUCUUUCCCUAAACGAUAUACCAGGUGAAGUAAGAAUGGCUCUUGUAAUCCGUCAAGAUCUUGGUAUGCAAAAGGGUAAAGUUGCCGCUCAAUGUGCCCACGCAGCGCUAUCAUGCUUCCGUUUGAUAGCUACUGAUCCAAACAAAAUGUCAUACAACCCAGAACUAACAAAGAGGUGGCUAAGACACGGUCAAGCCAAGAUUACAUUGAAAUGCCCUGACAAGGAGAAAAUGGAUGAACUAUACGCAAUGGCCAUUUCCUUGGGUGUUAAUGCUGCUGUCAUCCACGAUGCUGGUAGAACUCAAAUUGCAGCAGGAAGCGCCACCGUACUAGGUCUUGGCCCUGCUCCUAAAGCAGUCUUGGAUCAGAUCACUGGUGAGUUGAAACUGUACUAA